CCUAUUCGUUUUUUGCGCAGUGCGCGGACGUUUGUUUUCGCCAAAGCUUAGUUUUAGACGCUAGAUUUAAACCCCGUAGUAGAUACAAUGGCAGCGAAUAAAGCCGCAGAAGUAUUACCACUGAAUGAAAGUGAUUCGAAACAAAAUAUAAAAACGAAGAUAAUGCCUCAAUCUGUCGGCGUUUGCAUAUUUUGUGAGAGCGAAGCAAAAUUAGUUUGUCAUCGUUGCGGCGAUUUCUACUGCUCGAAGAAAUGUCAGACAUUUGACUGGCAGCGUCAUCGUUAUAUUUGUUUUUCAAUGCCAUCUCUGGUGCAUCCCAAGGCUUGCUCUGCCUUAGCAGGAAUUGAAUUGCCACUGCCCCCAGCGCCGGCACUUAAAAAACUAGAGGACAAUAAAAUACUAGCUUGUGAAAUAACAAACAAGGAAGUACCAAAAAUACAGACUCAACCGAAUGUCGCUUCUCCGGCAAAAAGCCCCGAUAAUAGCAAAAAGAACUACAAUCGCCCAGUAAAUGAAGUUGUGACCCCGACAGCACCUGUGCUGGAUCACUCGAGCAAUAGGAGCCCGACUUCUGAAAACGGCAUGAACAUUGGCAACAAUAUAAACGCAAGCAGCUGCGAAUCCAUUGAAUCAAGUGGAAAUAAUAAGAUGGGAAAUAAUAAGAAAUGCGUACCGCCAAUGAUAAAGAUGCCGCCAAGCAACAGUACUAUAACUGUAACCGGGUUCCGUUCAGCAAACCGCUGUAGUGUGCGCGCUGCCAAUGAAACUGCUGAUAAAGCAUAUUUUGAAAUUUGUGAGAAGAUCGAUGUGUGCGGCCAGAAAAUGCCAAAAUUGCGUAGUGUAAAGAUAAAUAGUUAUGCUCUGAUCGCAGCGAACGAAAUAUAUCAUCGUGUUAAGGUGCUGGCUAUUACGAACAAACAUAUUGCGCGCGUGCUCUUCAUUGAUCAUGGCAUGACCAAGCUACGCAAAAUUGACGACUUACGCCAAAUCCCGCAUGAGAUUUUAGAGCUGCCCUGCUAUUGUCUGCAGAUACAAUUAAAGGAUGUGCCCAACUAUGCCACAUCUGAUGAUAUCCUCAACUUUUUAGCGUUGUUCGAACGUAAAUCGUUUAAUAUCGUAUAUGGCAUGGAAUAUGAUGUGGAACUAUUUCUCAUCGGAUCGAAUAUAUCGUUAAAUCAACACAUUCGUGAUUUUUGCGCCAAUAGAGAGCUCUAUGGACAGACUAGGCCAGACAAUGAUCUAAAGAACAAACGCAAUAAUUUAUUACACGAAGCGCAGAUGUACAAAAACUUUGCGAGGGCACUUGAUGUAUCACUAAAUCAACGAAUUCUGGCCAAGGAAAUUAAAAAAGAGGAGCUCAACAUCGUAGAAACGAAGGCAUUGCCUAAUCCACAAGCUAUAAAUGGUGCCAUAAACUCAACUACUGUAGCCAUAGAAGAACCUAUAGAAAUAAAGAAGUCUGCAGCCAGCAUUCUCGAACUACUCGAAAAGAGAAAUGAUCAAAUUUCAACUUCCAUUCCGGAAGCUGAACCAAAGACAGCCACAGAAACUAAAGAGCGCCAAAUAUCUCCAGAAAAGUUUAGUGAAAGCAGCAACGCCCAGAUGGUCGAAGAUAUAGAAAAGCCAACCAGUGAUGAAAAAUGUCUCCCGGCCAUUAAGUCUGAUAUCACGGGUGCCUCUACACCGGAGAAAACUCCCGUUCUUACUCCCCCCUUCGAAAUAUGCCGUCUAGAUACCAAUACAAAGGACGGACUGAAAGCCUACAUCGUAGACAAUUCGAGUAUUUUGCGAGGCAUUGUUGGUGCCUUUGAUUUAAAACACGCUCGCAAUCAUGCCAACAUUUAUAUAUAUUUGAAAAAACUUAAUGAUUCAGAAGCCUAUGAACCGAUCCUCAACGAGUAUGUCAUAGCAAAAUAUAAUGGUGAAUGGUUUCGGGCCAGGGUAACGGAAAUAAAAAACACGAUACCAAAAAAAUACACGGUGUAUUACAUCGAUUUCACCAAUGUAGAAACAGUGACUGUUGAAGAUAUACGUCGUUAUCCCACUGACUUGACUGUGCCUUGUAGCACAAAUAUUUGUCUUAUUGAAGGAUUCCCCCACAAGCUGAAUGAUGCUCAGGCUGCCUAUUUAAAGGAAAACCUGCAAAUAAACAAAAUGUUCAACAUUGAUGGUGUAAGCUACUUACACGACAUGGCCCUUCUCCAAUGCAAUCAGUUGAUUGAUAAGCUCAAUGAACUAUAGAGAACUACCUCUAGCAUUUGUUUACAUUUUUGAACGGACAAUCGCAUUUACCAAACUUUGCUGAAUAUCAGAACUUAAAUAUAUGUACCAUAAGAAGCAUUCUGCAACAUUAAUUAUAAUACUCUUGAUAUAAACCAAAAUGUUACA